GCUCAGCGGCAGAGCGGAGCGGAGCUGUGAGGCGCCAGUGCGGAGCGGGCGGGCGGGCGGCGCGAGGCGGAGCGCGGGCGGCCGGCGAAACUCGAAGGGCGGACCGCGGCAGGGAUCGAUCGGCCUCGGGCUGCGGGAGCCGGCUACCGCGGCGGCGGCGGCUGCUGCAGCUGCAGGAGGAGCCCAGGGAACACCGCCCCUGCCUGUGCUCUGCCUCGGGCCAUCGCUGCUCCCCAGGGCCCAGUGCGGACUCGCCUCCGUGAAGUGUCACACCAUGUCUGACCGGAAGGCAGUGAUCAAGAACGCAGACAUGUCUGAGGACAUGCAACAGGAUGCCGUUGACUGCGCCACGCAGGCCAUGGAGAAGUACAAUAUAGAGAAGGACAUUGCUGCCUAUAUCAAGAAGGAAUUUGACAAGAAAUAUAACCCUACCUGGCAUUGUAUCGUGGGCCGAAAUUUUGGCAGCUACGUCACACACGAGACAAAGCACUUCAUCUAUUUUUACUUGGGUCAAGUUGCAAUCCUCCUCUUCAAGUCAGGCUAGGUGGCCAUGGUGAAGGUGUCAGUGGCGGCGGCAGCGAUGGCAAGCAGGCGGCGUUGCUGGGACUGUUUUGCACUGGGGCCAGCAUCAGGAUGUCCUCUCCAAUGGCUGUGCUACUGCAUGGACUGUAUACUCGAUUUCAUGUGUAUGUCGCAGUAAACAAAACCAAACCUCUUUCUGUUUAGUUGCCUGGGGGAAGAAGGCUGCUUUAUGUUUAUUUUUCAAGACUUUAAAAAUAUUUUUUGGUUGUAUUGCACUAGGAAAUCUCUCCCACCUCUCCCUUUUCUCUUUCUUUCCCUAUACAAAAUAAAAGGCCCACCACAGAGACUAGGCGGCCGAAAGACUAGGAGGGGUGAGGAAAAGAAAUAGGUCUCUGGAGGUGGAACUAAAACUGUGCAGCUGCCUCUUCCUGGCGGUGGAUGCUGCUUUGGGAGGGCCAGGGAGGCUGCAGGGGGACAGUGUUGGGAUUGUCAAGGAAAAAGGGGUAGGAAGGAAGGUGGAGGGAUUGAUCUAGUACCAGGGAGAAUAUUCCACUGAACUGUGAUUCUAUGGCUUGGGGCGGAGGGUGGGGUGGGGAUGCCUUCUUUAGGGGCCCUGAGAUGUGUUUGUCUGUGGUGUGUGGGAGUGGGGAGCAGAUUUGUCUUGCUGUCUUUGUCAGAAUUUCUAAGUAAGGGCUGUGUCUUUGUGGAUUACCUUCUUUUGUUCUUCCUGCCAGAGAUCAUGACAGGAGGAUGCUGGGGUAGGAUUAGCUUGAAUCUUUUUUUUCUUUACAUUUUUCUCCUGUCUGCUCCCUGCUUAGCCCUCAGUUUCCUCAUUCCUCUGGAGUUCUCUUAGAGCAGCCCCUGUUGUUAGUUGG